AUGUCAAUCGAAAAUCUCAAGACCUUCGACCCCUUCGCCGAAGCCGACGAAGAUACCGGAGAGACCAAGCAGUCCCAAAAUUACAUCCAUAUUCGUAUUCAGCAGCGAAAUGGUCGUAAGACUUUGACCACUGUCCAAGGUCUCCCCAAGAAGUUUGAUCAAAAGAAGAUUCUGAAAGUCAUCAAGAAGAAGUUCGCUUGCAAUGGCACCAUCGUGGUUGACACUGAGAUGGGAGAGGUGAUCCAGCUUCAGGGUGAUCAGCGCAAGGAUGUUCAGGAGUUCCUCACGGACAAGAAAGAAGGCCUGGAGCUUGAUGCCAAGACCAUUAAGGUCCAUGGUUUUUAA